AAGAGAUGCUGGAAGUGACAAAGGUUUGAGAACAAAGAAAGGCUACAAAGUGUGAGGUAGGCUCGAUCAGAUUGGAAGUGGAGUAAACUGAGUGUGAACCAGAGCAAAGAUGAAGAUUCGUGCUAUGCAGAUCUGGGGCUUCCUGUUAGCGGUACUGGGCUGGAUCUUUGUCUCCUGCACCAUGGCCAUGGAAGGCUGGAAGAUCUCCUCUAUCGGAGGGCAAGGUGGGAGCUCUAUUAUGUCAGUGGGCUGGUACUGGUCCAGUCUGUGGAGGGCCUGCUUCACGGACUCCGCUUCCACAUCCAACUGCUACGACUUCCCUGUGCUGUGGUCUGUGGAAGGUUACAUUCAGAUCGUGAGGGCUCUGCUGAUGUCUGGGAUGGCUGUCGGAAUGCUGGGCUUUAUCCUGAGUCUUGUAGGGAUGGAAUGCACUUACAUCGGAGGAAAAGACAAAGAGAAGAACCGAUCCGUUUUCACAGGAGGCAUCUGUCAUGUAACAAGCGGUAUGCUGUCUGCCUCUGGUUAUGCAGUUUACGCUCAACAUGUUUCUGCAGAGAAUUUCAGCUCCAGAUUUGAUGGAUUAGAAUUUGACUUGGGAACUCCAUUGUUCCUUGGAUGGUCAGGAUGUGCUUUUCAGUUAACUGGAGGGAUUUUCUUCCUAGUUUCAGUCUGCAAGAUCUGGUCUCAGACAUACAGCAGUGUGCCAGCUCUCAGCGUUCCUGUUGCGGAGAGCAAUGCCUUGCGUUCCUCUCAAGCAAAUAUUUCCAUCAUAUCUGAACUCUCCACAAAAUCCAACAUAUCAGCAAUAUCUGAGCUCUCCUCAAAAUCUGAAACAUCAGCUAUGUCAAAUGCUCCAUCAAAGAACACACGUACCUCCAGAGCUGCACGUCCCUCAAGAUCGAAACACUCUGAUAAAUCAAGAGGCUUUGUCAGAUCAGAAGUGUCACGAUCAGUGAACUCCUCACGGUCCUCAAUGAUCAGCAGAUCAAAUUUAAACAGCAAGAAAGUGUCCUCUCCAACUGGAGCCACAACACAUCUUUUCAUCAAGAACUCUUACCUCUGAAACAUUGAGCUUGGAUUAUUGGAUCUGAAAAACACAUUGGAAAUGACUUCUAACCAGUUAAAAUGUCUCAGGUUGGUUUCCUGAGAAGGGGAAUGUGACUCUGCAUCUUGGUGUUGACGCUAUGGGGAAUGACAUUAGCGUGACUCGUGUCUGAAGCAUGUGUUCAUGUCAGUAUUCAUUGGCAGACGGAGUGCUCCUGCUUAUAAAAGGGCACCUAAUUUACACAUCAUCAAUUUUUUGUGCCUGAAGGAGACACGCUGGCAAAUCUGAGGCAUGGCAAUGAAACACAGCAUCUCCAUCCUCUUCUCAGGGAACCGGGAUGCAUACAAAAUCAGAGACGUUCCCUUUCGAAGUGGAACUUCGAUGCUACAUCUUGGUGUUGACGCUAUGGGGAACCAAUACCAACAAUCUACGGGCCUAGGCCGGAGUCAAGAGUGCGUCAACCCAAAAGACGCAUCCUAUGUGACUUGAAUAGUGGCACCAAUCCCUUAAGCCAGGGCGCACAAACGCUAGGGCACCUUACUCCCUGUUUCUGUGGGACAGGAGAGAGCCCCAAGCAGAGCUGCAGGGGAAUACACAACAUAGCCUCUCUGGUAUGCCUUUAAGGGAGCAAUCUACCAAAGGGAGCAUGUGAGGUCCUGGAAACCUCAGUAAUUAGUACAAUCAGACUGAAAUACUGAGAAAGGCCCCAGACGAGGAGUGAACCACUACUCGUUUUUCUAAGAUGCAGUCCAUCUCUACUCUGUCCCAGCUAACACCUUUAGUAUUGACACCCAUCCCAGGGGAAAAACGAAUCCCUAAUGCAGAAAAUCAUCAGGGAGGGAGCCAAAUGAAAGAAAGUGACGCUUAACCAUUUACCCAAUAAAUCAAAUUAACCAGGCUCUAUACCCCAGGGAUGUUGCAGGGGAACUCAGGUUCUAUUUAUACCCCAAUUAUUAUUGGGGACAGCGGCAAAGAAGAGAAUGGGAUGCAUAUGCGACAUACUUCAAAUCUCCUUUACCAAGCUCAUACACUGACUUGAGUAAAGGUACUUCCAAGACCUGCUAUAGGUAGCUAAUUCAAACUCCACACUAUAGUAGGUGAGGCCUAGAAAGCAACCCAUCCUAAGGGGAGCGCAUUUUGCCUAGAGCGCAGACUGCCUACCAUAAUUCCAUUUGCCCUGCCUCAACCAUAAGGAGGUAUCUGUCUUGAAGGUGCAUUUAGCCCUACUUAAAACUCCAAUUAACAAUUGGAGAGGGUGGAAAUAAAAGCAUGAUACACCUUGCUUACUGUCCAACAUAACUCCUACCUACCAAGCAACCAGCCACAGGAGAGUGUACAAUUCUACUUUAAACCCUAAUUUGGGGGAGAAUAAGGAAGAGAGAAUAGGAUGUAAUCGUGUAUCUACAUCCUCAUCCUCAUUCUUAUAAAUUAGCUCUAGAGGAGAAAGGUACUUUCAGGAUAUCACAUCAAGCAUCAUUCUGGACCAUAUCAGAUGGUAGUCAUGACAUGCCAUGUUAUAUCAUCAGUCCAGCUUCUGAGCCUGAUGAAAGCGCCUAACAACCUAUUGUGCCUUAGCACCCUUGGGUUGGGGGUGAUGUUUUUUUUUUUUUUUUCAGAGGUCUUGUUUUUCUGACCACUUUUUGUCAAUCACCUCCCUGAGGUUGUGCCUCCUCCUGGCAUCACACCUCCUCUGCCCCCUACUCCUUGGAGGGGGGGCACAAGUGGCCAUGCUUGCCUUCUGACCCUGUCUCCAGUUAUCCUUUGACAGGAUUGGAGGUUGAGGGAGGUGAAUUGGAUUGGCGCGGGAUAUAUCUCCUGAACACCGCCUGACUGCGACUUCACCUCUCUGAAAUUCCCCACAACCGUCUCAACAGAUGUGCCAAAGAGUCCAGAGAGUGAAAUCGGAACAUCAAGAAGGAAGGUUUUCUCCCUAUCAUUGACGUCUGAGAGGUUCAACCAAAGAUGCCUCUCUGUAACCACCAUAGCCACCAUUGUACGACUGAUAGCUGCGGCCAUCUGUUUUAUGGCACAGAGGUCUGUGGUGCGGUGCAAUUCGGUGACCGCUUCAGGAGACAAUUCCUGCCCCUGAUCCAAAUCUCUCAGCAGGCCAGCCUGAUAUGCCUGCAAAACCAGCCUGACCCUGAACUUUCAAAGACAAUGUCUCACUCUGCGAGAGAUUGCUAGCUAGCAUCUUCACAUAUCCUUGCUUGCAUAAACCCUCCACAUUCGCAUAAUUCGAAUGUGGGAAUGGAAAGAUGUGAGCUGAAUAUGGCUUCUUCCAGGAUCUCUCCACCUCAGUGUGAAGACCCAGAAGAAAUAAAGGGCUCAUGGAGGAAGGACAAUCAGAAAACGCUUGAUGAGCCCCUUUCUCAAAUUCCCCCUGGCUCGACCUGCGAGCUCCACAAUCAGAUCCGCAGUGCUGCCUCAGCAGCUACCAGACCGACCUGCAGUAUGCAGAUGCUUGCCCCUCAUCCCUCGAGCAUAGGGCCAAGCAAGAGCUGAGGUAUUCACUGUGAACUUGUCACAGUGAAUGCAUCCAACCUCCUCAAGGGUUGAACGUGAGUGCUGCGCUCCCAAGUAGACAACACAAAGAUUGUGGGUGUUCUCAGGUGUCAUAAAUCGAAGACACAGAGGCAUGUACUUUCUAAAGCCCUUUCUGUGACAUAAUUUCAUCUUCCCAACAUGCGCUAUAAAAGGCUCCUAAAGACAAAAGAAGAAAAAAGAAAUGAUGUGAUGACGUGUAACUCAGACGCCUCUGCGUUUGACAUCACGGACUGCCGUCUGCCAAUGAAUAUUGGCAUGUAUGCACACAUGCUUCAGACACCGGUCAUGCUGAUGGCAUCACCCAUAGCGUCAACACCAAGACAAAGCGUCGAAGUUCCACUUCUAAAAGGAUCUAGAUAAUUCUCUAGAUAAUUUUUCCUUUAUUAGCUCAUAACAAUUGCGCCCCUACAAAUAAACACAGCAUAAAUACAAAUCUCAAGGAACUUUCCAGAUCAUGGAUUUAAAUGCAUGCAUUUUUGUAAAAUGAAAUGAAAAUUGUUAAUGACAUGCUGCCUGGAUUUUUUUUUUGUGCAAAAAUGUAAAAUGCAAAUGAUUAUUUAUUGGUGGUUCAUUCAUUCAUUGAGAAAAGUAGAUCAUAUAUUUAUAGAGAGCUUUAUAGAGAGCACAUUACCCAUGAAUUAAAAUGAACUGUGAAAUGUGGAACAACAGUUUGUACUUUGUCAAUUUCAUUUUCUGUUUUGUGGAACUGAUGUAAUAAAGCAAUGCAAGAAGACAAUAAAAUAUUUUAAAGAUGUCUUAAACAAAACACGUUUUUUUUUUUUUUUUUUUUUUUAUCCAUUUCUCCUCUUCUUCGGUGCAAUGCAUGUAUAGGGAGCUCUAGGGGUCUUAUCAUUAUCCUUAUCAUUAUUAAUUAAAAAUAAAACUUUUUGUUAAUUGAAAUAGAGAUGAAAUAAAAUAUAAAUAUUAGAAGAUAAAUUUAAACUGAACGAAAAUCAGAAAUGAAACAAGUUUAAGUUGAAGCACUAAAAUUACUAAUUGGAAAUAAAUAAAAAACUACAUGAACUAAAACUAAAAUGAAAAC